GUUACAAAGGGAGUAAGAAGAAGCUGGGUCUCUGUAACACGUUGGUUGUAAUAUUGAUUCCGCUCAGGAUAUAUAACCUUUCAAGGAAUUGAGUAUUUUGGUUGUGAUAUGAAUGUAUAAAUAUAAUUAUCAUGCAUUUACGGACAGUUUAUAUAUAUGUACUUUGGAUUAUUUAUUUAAAAACAUGUACCAUACAGCUACGAAAAUUUUAAAGGGAAAAAAUAAGUAAAAAGUGUUACUGCGAGUGUAAAAUGUGUGUUGUGAAAAUGAAAAGUAUUGUUUGGAAGUUAAUUACAUUGCCAAAGUCCUGCUAUAACAAUGUUUCAGUGAUGUAUUCAAAACAUUCCUCUACAGAUCUGCAUAUACUCUCAAGUCUUUUCAGUAUAAUCAUUUUGUGGAUGCCAGUUACUGUGCAGAUGUUUGUAUGGAGCCACUCUUUUGGUUCGUUGACAACUUUACUUAUGUCAUAGGUCCAUUCUUCCAGAUUUUUGUUGUUGCUGUUGUUUGUCUAACAGCUGCUGUUGUGCUCAUUGCAUAUUGGCUAGGGCUGCCCUAUUGGUGGGACAGGAACCCUGCAGUUUGCAUUAUUCUAGUUAUCAUUGGUCAUUGGCUACUCAUGAACAUCUCAUUUCAUUAUUAUAUGGCUGUUAUUACAUAUCCAGGAUAUCCACCUCAGGGUGAACUGAUAUAUGAAGCUGUGAGUAUUUGUAAGAAGUGCAUAGCACCAAAACCUCCCAGAACGCACCACUGCUCUGUUUGCAACAAGUGUAUUCUUAAGAUGGAUCAUCACUGCCCUUGGUUGAAUAAUUGCGUUGGUUACAACAACCAUCGAUACUUUUUUAUGUACAUGGCUUACAUGGUAGUCGGUGUCUUAUUUUUAAUUAUUUUCGGAGCCGAACUCGCUUACAAUGAACUGUGGUUGGUACACGUUGAUCCAGAAUUAGAGGGACAUCCGGUGAAGAUUAACCAAACCGGCGCCUUGAUUCCCGUGACAGAAUUCCCAGACUUCCUGGUCACCAAGUUCGAUGUUCCUUCAAAUAUUGCGAAUCCAUUGUGGAGAAGGCGUGCAGUUGUGUUCAUGGGUCUCAUUAAUUGCGGGGUUUUCAUAGCGCUGGGGGGUUUGGUGGCAUGGCAUAGUCAAUUGAUUUGCAAAGGAGAGACAAGCAUUGAAGCCAAUAUCAACAAAGCCGAAACUGCUCGCUUCGAGUUGUUAGGUCGGACAUACGUCAAUCCUUUCGAUUUCGGUACGCGGAAGAAUUGGAGACUGUUUCUAGGUUUGGUCAAUGGUAGGUCAUGGUUACGCCACGUUUUGUUACCAUCCAGACACGCACCGUCCGGCGACGGAAUUGUUUGGAACACCAUCCACGAUAACCUGGAUGAUAUUGAAGAAUGGCCUUAAUCUUACGAUACUAGUCAAACUUUUAAAUAAAUUCCUAGCCAAACAAGAACGCGAGAUUCGUGUUUCCGUACAACUUUUACAUUCAUCAGAAUCGCUGUGACAUUUUAAUGUGGUAUAUAAACAU